CUUUCGCUCAGUUUGGUUGUUUCAUAUCUUUUUUAACCAUUUGAGAAAACAGGCUGCCUCCUGCACUGAGCGGCUGGGUGAAAGAGCGAGCAGCGGGUGAGUGGCAUGAACCUGGAGAGCAGCGAGUGCGGGAUGAGCUCGGUGAGCUGCGGCAACGGGAAGCUCCGCCAGUGGCUGAUUGACCAGAUCGACAGCGGCAAGUACCCGGGCCUGGUAUGGGAGAACGACGAGAAGAGCAUCUUCCGCAUCCCCUGGAAACACGCCGGCAAGCAGGACUACAACCGCGAGGAGGAUGCCGCCCUCUUCAAGGCUUGGGCUCUUUUUAAAGGAAAGUUCAGAGAGGGCAUUGAUAAACCAGAUCCUCCAACUUGGAAGACAAGGCUAAGGUGUGCUUUGAACAAGAGCAAUGACUUUGAAGAACUGGUUGAGAGAAGCCAGCUGGAUAUUUCUGAUCCGUAUAAAGUGUACAGAAUAGUGCCAGAAGGAGCUAAAAAAGGAGCAAAACAACUCAGCCUAGAGGAUCAACAGAUAAUGAUGAACCAUCCGUACACAAUGACUUCUCCUUACACUUCACUACAGGCUCAGGUGUCAAACUACAUGGUACCUCAUGAACGUAACUGGAGAGAUUUUGCCCCUGAGCAGCCACAUCCUGACAUCUCCUACCAAUGCCCAAGUGUUCCUUUUGCAGCUCGCAGUCACCAUUGGCAAGGUCCUGCUUGUGAAAAUGGUUGUCAGGUGACUGGAACCUUUUAUGCUUGUGCACCAUCUGAGUCACAGACUCCUGGGAUCCCAAUAGAGCCAAGCAUAAGGUCUGGUGAAGCUCUUGCACUAUCAGACUGUCGACUACACAUCUGUCUAUAUUACCGCGAAAUACUGGUGAAAGAGAUGACGACUUCAAGUCCUGAAGGCUGUAGAAUAUCUCAUGCCCAAAAUUAUGAGGUCAGCAGCUUGGAUCAAGUUAUCUUCCCCUAUCCAGAAGAUAAUGGCCAGAGGAAAAACAUAGAAAAAUUACUGAGCCACUUGGAACGAGGAGUAAUACUCUGGAUGGCACCUGAUGGGCUUUAUGCUAAGAGACUUUGUCAAAGCAGGAUCUACUGGGAUGGACCUCUGGCAUUAUGCAGUGACAGGCCAAAUAAACUGGAAAGGGAGCAGACCUGCAAACUUUUUGAUACUCAGCAAUUUUUAGCAGAGCUGCAAGCUUUUGCCCACCAUGGACGUCCAUUGCCUAGAUUCCAGGUUGCUCUGUGUUUUGGAGAGGAAUUUCCAGACCCACAAAGACAGAGGAAGCUAAUUACAGCCCACGUUGAGCCAAUGUUUGCAAGGCAGCUUUAUUACUUUGCUCAGCAAAACAGUGGACAUUUUCUGAGAGGCUAUGAUUUACCAGAACAUGUCACUAGUCCAGAGGAUUACCACAGAUCUAUUCGUCAUUCCUCCAUUCAAGAAUAAUCUCCUCAGAAGGGGUGUGUUUAAGGCUUUGUAAAGAUGAUGCAUAUUGGAAGAAAAGAGCUGGAUCACAUUUUGGGGAUACAAAUCACAGCUGGAUUUAUUCAGGAAAACAUAGUCCCAGAGACUGGAAAAUGAACAACAGUAUUGUACAAUAGAAACGAUGAGGCUUCAACAUUUGGAUGGUACAUUUAACAUAGAUUCUGCGGUUGCUGGGGAUCACUGUGAAAACUGACAAAAUGUUUGAUAUGUUUACAUUGUUUAAACAUUCUCCAUGGUUUGAGGAUGACUUCUUGCUGAAGACUUAAAUUCAGAGUUUACAGUGUUAUGAUAUUUGCAGAGCUAUUUAUUUGUGAUUACAAAUCUCAGGGCAGGGAAAUAUAUUUGCAGUAUUCCCAACAUGAAACUGUAGCUACUGUGGCAAAGAUGGCACACAAGUGGCCUAGGCAUUCAUAAAUGUUAUGUUGUGAAUAGCUACAUAUGUAAGUGGUUAAGAAUUUAGAUUGUUAAGCGUGGUAAACUUUUUAUGCCUAUAUUCUUCUAUGAAAGUUUCAGUGUGUAUUUUUAAAAAAAAUCCAGUCCUAAUGAGAUAUAUAUUUUUAAUGCCUGACAUUUCUCUUCAAAGUGCAUUUUGUCGUUAUCACCGCUGUUAGUGGAUUGAUACUCAUAACAACACUUAGAAGAGUUCUCUAGAUGGUAUAUUUGGGGUAGUACAUUGUGAAGGGUGGUCAUUUAACAUUGCAGAGUCAGCAGGCAACUGAUGCUUCUCUCUAACAAUCUCUAGAUCUGGGAGUUUUUGCUGUCUGUGUUGCAGGUGGGACCAUUGACUUGAAUUCUAGACCCUAGAAUAAAACAGGUUUUUGAGAAAAUAACUGCAAUCUUUUAUACUUAUUCUGUCAUAUAUGAUUCUUGUUUGGUGGUCAUGCUCAUUGGCAUAUAUAUGUAACAUGAAAUAGAUUUCCAAGGUACAUUUGUACAGAUUUGGUAAAUAUUCACAAAAAGAGUCGUUGACUUACACAAGGUCAAAUUCUGCUCUUGUCUGUGCAGCUACAGCUCCCUUCUUUGUGUGCAGAAGUCAGUGGGAGCCAGGUGUCCAAAGAAGAGCAGACUUUGGCCCAUAGUAUUAGUAGAGCUGGGAAUAUCUAUCCUAACUUUUGUUUUAAAAAGUUAAAAAACAAAAAAAAGUAUAACUUCAGGAGAUUUACAACUUUUAAUGCUGGGGUGUUGAUUAUUUGCUUGCAUAUGCAAAUAAACUUGGGACGCCUUUGUAUGGCAAAGAGAGAGAGAGAUUUGUCAAUACUGGUGUGUGUGUAUAUAUAACUGAAAUUCUACAGUCUGUUAUGCAGGAGGUCAGACUAGAUGAUCAUAAUGGUCUGUUCUGGCCUUAAAAAUCUGUGAAUUUAUAUUUCUCAUGCCAGAAAGAUCCUCUCCAUGGUUAGAAAUACACUUUGCAUGAAUUUCUAGCUAGAACAAAAUUGUAUAUGGUCUGACAGCAGACUCACAUUCUAGGGAACUUUAAUUUAUACAUCUUAAAGAUGCAUACUAUUUUGGGAUAUAAUAUCCCCUCUUUUCUCCCCUCCCGUAAGGCCAGUUUAUCAGUUCAUUAUGUUUUAAUGUUCUUCCUUACUUGAAAUAUCUUUCCUGACUUAUGUGUUCUAAGGGGAAUACUCAAGCUCAUAGACAUUCAAAUCUCUGCAUUAGUCAGCCUCCAAACCUUUUUAAUUUGCACACUUCUAUGUAUAUUUUAGUCCAGUGAACCAUGCAGCACUUCACUUGAAAUCAACGGGACUUUUGUGUGCAGGACUGCCGAAAUGAACUGAUAUACCGUAAUGGAUUUGGGUUUAACUUUUCCUAAUAGUCAUUGCUUCACUUGCUGAGUGUCUCACCACAUGUCUCAGAAUCAAGUCCUGGACUUCACCAGUUCAGUUUGGUAGAUUAGAUGUGUUGUUUUCUGGGGUGGGGUUAGUUCUUAAGAGCCUAAUCCUGCAUUGCCAUCUCAAGCAAGAGGCCCAGUUAAGUCAGUGGGAGGUUUGUUUAUGUAAAGGUUGCAGGAACAGACCACAAGAAAGGAAGUCUGAAAUAUGAAAACAUUCAGUGUUAGUUCCCUUAGCAAAGCAUCGAAAGAUAUGUAUUUUUUUCCUUUGCUGAACUGUAGACAUUGUAGGGAAUAAAAAUAAUUGAGGGCCACAUUCUGCUAUUGGAUGCCUGGAGCUCCCAUUGACUUCAGAAUUUGGACCUUGGUGUCUUCAAUGGCUUAUGUGAAAUCCUGAUUCUUAAAAUCGAGGCCUAGUGGUAUCUGUUUUCAGUGUCCCUGCACAUUGGAAAGAUAUUGAACUAUUUGUCCAAUUCAUCAAGUUUGACUUGGAAUAUGCUAUUUUCAGGAUGAUAUUACUAAAUUCCUUAGGAAAAACACAAGAGGUUGUAAGUUAGUUAUGUUGGCCCUUGACCCCGCUCCCAUGGAAAUCAAUAGUGAAAGGCCCACUGAUCUUCAGUGAGAACCAGAUGAUGCCUUAUGGGAGCAAAGAAUGGCACAGACUGUUAAGUGAUCAGUUUUAAUCCUUCUGGAAUGGGGAGUUUCACAUUCUUCCAUCAAGAGUAUAAAGAUCACAGCUUCAUAAGCUUCUAUGUUUUAGAAUAAAGGCUACAGAAACACUGAAAGUUUGUAGAUUCAUUUAUAAAUUACAUGUAUUUUUUGCUGGUAGAUAUUUUAGGAUAGGUUAGUGUCAUGUAAGUCUAAAAGCCAAUUGAUUUGAACUACUUGUUGUUUUGGAAUGUGGUACCUUCCAGGAAAGCAGGGAAUUGCAAGUAUAGAAUGACGCAGCUUCUCAAAAUGUGUUCCAGGUUUUACCCAUUAUAGCCCUGGAGAGAAGAACUUUCUAAACUUACACUGAUUUUACCAACCCCUUGGUAAUGAUGGCCAGCAUUUCACAGGUUCAUUGCAUACAACUAGUAUUGCUGUUAAUGGUACUGCCCUGAUUCAGCUAAGCACGUAAGCUCUUACUUUGAGCAUGUGCUUAAGUCCGUUCCUACUCAGCAAAGCAUGUGCGUGCAUGCCGAAUUCUAGUGCUUUGCUGAACUGGGGCCUAAAGCUUGAGGUACUGGGGUGUGUGUGUGUGUGUGUGUGAGAGAGAAGAGGAGUUGGGAUAGGACCAAAGGGAGAUGAUCAAAUUAAACAAUAGGAACUGUCCUAGUAGAGUAGCAACAGCAUGUGCCAUUGUACUCAGUAACCCAAAGUAAGAGGAGAGUCUGCAAACUGUGCAAAAGAUCUACUAAGCCUUUCAGGGAGGGGAAACUAGCCAUCUCUUUGUGUUGCAUCUUCUACCAUCCAAAGUCAGAGGUACAUUGAGCUUGGCUUUGGAUGGAGCUUUUAAUUAUACUCCCCUCAGAAGUACAGUGUAAAGUUAGCAGCUGUUGAAGAAGAAGGGAUAAAAAGAAAAAGCAGCAUCCAAUAAGAAGUUGCAUGUGAUAUCUAGUAGGACUGUCUGUAAAUUCUGACCUAAUUAUGAGUACCCUAUUUAUAGUGUAGGAAAGCCUCCAGGUGAAAAUGUAUUUUACACAAUCAAAAAGCCAGAAACAUCUAUUAUUGAAAGAGCAAUGAAUAUCUAGAAUGGUACCAUGAAUUGCAUUGUAAAUUGAUUUUUAAAGACUGUAUUUGACUUAUGUGACAACAUGCUAUUGUUCCAAAUAACUAAUGGAUAAAUAAAGUGGGGAAAACCCCCCUAAACAUUCUCUUUGAUUAAAUGUUUUUACCCUGUCA